AUGAACUUCAACAAAAUUUUCGUACUUUUGGCUGUCUUCAUUGCCGUCUUCGCUGGACAAACUGAAGCGGGUUGGUUGAAAAAAAUUGGCAAGAAAAUUGAGCGCGUGGGUCAACAUACACGAGAUGCCACCAUCCAGACCAUUGCCGUAGCACAACAGGCCGCCAAUGUUGCGGCAACAUUGAAGGGAUAAACUUAAUAAGUUCGCAAGCCGAUGCAAAAAAUAUUUAUGUACCUAAAUUAGUUUAGUAUUUAUUUAUUUAGAUUUAUUUGUGACUGAAUUAUGGAAAUUAAAAAAAGAGUAUUUCAAAGAAAAUAACCGUUUAUAAAAAAUGUGCAACUUUUUCUUAUGCAUACAUAUGUAUGUAUGUAUGUUAACGAAUAUAAUAUUAAAUUUGAUUUAGCAAUCGAAGAAUACUUAAAGCAAGCUAUCAUUAAUUGUUGUAUUUUGGAGUAGCUUACUUUGGGUGUUCGCUUUGAACUCUCUCAAAACUACCAUUAAAGUGGGGAGAACUGAUAUAAUGAAGAGUUUAGGGAAACGAAAGAAAGAAUUCGGUUCUUCAGAAGUAAAGCACUUCAAGUAAUUAAGUGAAGUAAAAUUAUUAUUAGACCAGUCCUUCAUAUAAUAUUGAACAUUUUAGCACAUUUUAAUUCAAUUUUGAGAGUUAUCAAGAUAAAUAAAUAAAAAUGGUUAUCAAUAA